AUGAUGCUGCCGUUGCUGUUGGUCGCCGUAGUCUCUACAACGGUUGUUGCUCAAUGCCCGCUUGGAACGAUUUCUCAUCCGGAAUUUGGACGGUGUUACAAGUUUGUGAAUGAUCGCCAACCGUUCUACUUGGCUGAGGAGUCAUGUCAGGCGAUCGGUGGUCAUUUGGUUUCCGUGGAAAACGGAUUUGAAAACGCAAUGUUGGCUGAAACAUCCUCGUCACAGAACAUUAACGGCCCAUUUUUCAUCGGAUACAAUCGCAUGUUGACUAAUGACUGGUCGUGGAUUGAUGGCUACAAUGCGUCCACGUUCACAAGCUGGGGAGCCGGUAUGUGCGCAAAU